UAGUUUAGUGGAGCAAAGGCAACGGGCUUGGCUGCGUUUCUGACUUCACAGCAACAUGUUAGUGGGCUUCAUCUCGACAGGCGUCCUUCACACGGUUCCAGAGGAGUUGUAGAGGAAACGGGAGAGGACAUUUUCCAGUCUCCUGUGUUCCAUGUGAUGGAGUAGGCUUUUCUGUUGGAUUCAGGAGGACUGGACAGCCUGGACAGAAUGAACAUCACAUUGUCUGGAUGUUAUGUGCCCUCAAACUAUGAAGAAGCUGCAACAGGAUCCCAGAAAUAUACAGUCCUCUGGUAGGGUGUGACUGGGAGCAGAGGCUCUGUACUGACCCUCGCCAUGAAGACCCAGAAAGCCCGAGGCACCACGCCGACUUCACCCUCGCGCCAACAGAAGUCUCGUUUCAGCUUACGCAGCAGAAAGAAGAAAGACGGGGUGAUCCAAGGCAAGCUGCGCAUCCGCUCCAUGCCUGGCGCCUUCCUGGUGCUGGGGGUGAUCGUGGUGGUUGUUGGCACUGCUCUGGCCGUGGCAGGAUACUGGCCAUACAGGAUGUCACAAUCAUCCGUGCUGGGACCUGCAGAGGGGGAGGGCAUCUCUGACCUGCAGGCUUCUAGCUGGAGUCUGGGAGCCAAGGGCCUCCUGUCAACAGCCAGUCUUGUUCAUAGUGAGCGCAUGAAGCUGCUGGGCCCUGUCAUCAUGGGAGUGGGGCUCUUCAUCCUCAUCUGUGCCAACACGGUUCUGUAUGAGAACCGGGACAGGGAGACUCAAAUGCUGCUGGCUCAGAUGCGCAGUGUUAUCUGUUCUGUGUCAGCGGCUGUGCCUUCUGCGGAUCUCAAAGAAAUAGCAGCAGCCAACUCAAUGGCCAAACACUACCAGUGGGUGAGCAGUUUACCAGCUGCCCAUCUGAACAUCCUGUGUCUGCAGCAGCUGGCCAGCUCUGAGCCCCUGCUGCAGACUAGAGACUCCAGACAGCAGGAGAACAGGGUGGAGGGCAUCUACCAACAGGCCAUCCUGCGAACAGAGGCCCUCCACCACCAGGAGUCAGCCCCCCCUCCCUCCCUCCACUCCUCAAAGUCCAACUCAUGCAAUUCCAGCAAGACAGACUUAAACACACAGUCUGACACAGAGCAAGGAGGGAGUGUCAGCUUCAACCCCAAGUCUGCCUCCCUUUUCAAGCUCCAAAACAGCUUGGUGUCAGCCAGCUCCAUGUCCACUCUGGGUGGAGAUGAUUGGGACAUCCCAGCAACCCAGCCCAGGCGCUGCCACAGUAUGAGCUACAGGACUAACACUCACACAGCACCGAUUGUUUUAUGCCUUGAAGAAGGACUCCAGAGACCAGGUGAGGAGGGUCAAAGGAAUCAACCCAAGGUUACGAGGGGAGACCCCAGUUCACAGGUUUGUGUGAAUAUGCCUGGGCAGGUUGUGGAUGCUGUUGAGGAGCAGACUCAUCGAAGCUGGCCCCGGCUAGACUUGGGCGGUGGAAGGAGGUACCUGAAGCUGGAGAAUAAAGAGGACUCUGUGGACAAACUGCUGGACCAGAUGGAGCAGCAGUGUUCUCUGUGGGAUAAGAGUUUUGGCUCAGGGCCUUUCCAGUGAUGGCUCCCUUAGCUUCACAGUCCCAAUGUGUCAAACCGUAUUAUCACAGAAGGAUGCUUCUGGAAGGAGCUGCAUUGCCAACCAAUGAUUUUUUUUUGUCUGGAUCCCUAAUUGUGCACUAUAUUUUCUGAAUUCAGUCUGACGCAGAGAGCAAUCUUAAUUGCAAAAGCCAAGCUAUGUAGCAUUCUGAACUAUUUUCUCAGCAAGAAUCUUCCAGCGUGACACUACAGAAGUUGAGCUUGUUUUCCAAUCUUCUAUUGGAUAUGGAUGCACAUUGCAAAAACUGAGGUUAUGGUUUGUAGUUGGAUUGAUUUGGCAAAUGCUUUAUAUUUUUCUGAAGGGGAAGAACAGUACACAGACCCUAUCCUGUUAUAGAUGAGCAAAGCAAUUUGACUGUCUGUACUUUUGCCGUUUUGGUUGACAGUAAUGCAAGGAAUCAACUUGUCUCUCUCUGCAAAAAGGGUUUGCUUGUUUCCAGGCCACAGUGAGCACAACCCAAUUAGAGAUAUGGGAGGAUGCAAAAGAUGAGGGACUGUUAUCACUGUGCGAUCAAUUUAAAACCAAACUACCUGGACUUCUGAGCCCAUAAAGUGCUGAAAGCUUUUGACAGAUGCAACUAGUAUAUAAAAGUGGGACUUCUUUUACCCCAGGUCCCAUUGUUUAAAUGCAUUGCAUGGUAGCGAUGUACAGUAUGUCACAUCUUAAUAGUAAUGCAGAAUGAUAGCUGUGUUAGUUUAUGUGUCAGAAUGAAUGAUAGUUUAAAGGAUGGUACACCCCUAAAACUAAAUUUCAGUCACCAGCUACUCACCUCUUUGACAGUAGAAACCUGGGUUUGUUAGCACAACACUGGAUCAUUUUUAUUCCACACUAAUGAGGUAAAUAGUGGCUAACUUUUUCUAGAUUGAUAAAAGUUAAAAGACCAUACCAGUGAUUUUGAAUGUUUGGCCCAUUUAAUUCCGUUUACCCAAAUUAUGCAUUGCAACAAACCACAAGUUUUUCAUUUUUGGUUGAAACACCCACCUUUAUAAUGUUCUGCAAACACAACUUGCUAUCAUUGGGAGAAAAACGUGUUGGAUAGUUGUAAUUCCUCCUCUGAAUCGUAAUAUUUGGCAUAGCCUUACAUAUGGUCGUUUUAUACUUAAGUGUCAAAAUGCUGACAUUGGUUCCAGUGGCCCACAGAGGCUGCCACUGUAGCUUACAUGCACCUCUCCAAAAAUGAAACCAUGCAGUGUAAGAUUGCAAAGACAGUGAUUGGUCUGUUAGACCACUUUGUGCUGCCUCUGUGUUUUGCGCUGGUCAUGUUGCCAGUUGACGUCUCUCUUCAACUGGCUAGAACUGAGGAUGUCUGCAAAUACGUUCUGUUGCUGCCAACUCAUCCCCAAAUUAUUCAUACUGCAAGAGUUCACUAAAUUCAUGGUAAGAAAUAUCCCAAAACAUUGCUUUGGACAUACUGUUUACAUUCUUUGGAUAAGAAUGUGAACAGUAUUUCUUCCAUGUUUAUCUGUCUUUCAUUGGUGCAGUAUUACAGACCCUCUUUAGUCAAAAAUGGCUUUCUUUUAAUGCUCUUUGAAGCUUGACUUUGACUUUGCAGCUUGGUAUCGGCACCAAAUCGUGUUCAAAUUGUGUUCACAUCCCUCCACUGAAGGAGAAAGGCCUGGCCUUACUUUCCUGAUAUCUAGUAUUGUGCCAGGCAUGUACAAGCACAAUUUGUGACAUCACAAAUGAAUAGAACCUAUCAACGUCUAUGCAAAGAUGUAUGCAGAGAUAUAUGCAAAGAUACAUGCAACGAUAUGCAAAUUAAACAUAAUAUAUGAUGCUGCUGCAACCAGCACAGUUGAGCAUUUGGUGAUGUAAAACACUGUCCACCGCAGACAGCAGUUGAAUGGCAGCCAUUGCCAAAAGACUGGCAUCACACAGAGGCAGCCUGGUGAGUGGCGAGAAUUUAAACUUAUGUAAGUUUCCUGCCAAGCAAAUGUUCAAUCAAAGCUAUGAUAACCAAAUGCGUCACAGUGCACAGUGCUAGCUAGGGUUUCAAUGCACUUGACUGACUUGACUAACAGCAAUAUAAAACACAUAAAACUAUUGAUAUCCACCAGAAUUUUUUUAAGGAUGUAGGGGGAUUUAGUGGUGUACACCACGAUGGUAAGACUUCUAUGCAGAACUAUACAUUAAUCUUUAUUUGAACGUGAAUAUACUGAGAAGUAAGUUUAUCAGAUAGAUGAGGCUGCAUGAAGACAGAGAGCCUCAGAAUUCUUCAUUGCUGUGAAGUAGUGGUGGGCGAUAUGACGAUAUAUAUCGCAGGUAAGAUAGAAAAAUGUCCAUCCCGUCAUUUCUCUUCUAUCAUUUCUAUCGCCAUUUUAUCAAUUCAAGCGAAUUUUCACAGUGUAGGCUACUGUGAAUGUAUUAUUGUUGUCACUGGUCGCCAAUAUGCACUCAGAUUAUGAAACAAACAAGAAUAAAAAAAAAUUUUCGCAAAGAAGAUACCAUUCUGUGGACUUUCCAUUUCUGGUUUUGCGACACUACGCUGCUGUAUGUUAUUCACGUGGUACCACACAUGCGGGAAUACAACACACAGCAACACACGCGGGCGAGCAGAGACAUGAAAACAUGGAGGAGGAAGAAGGCUUAGAAAAUGCAUCAUUCUCGCAAUCGCAACCGACACCGACAGAGCCCCAGGAAGCCUAAAUUGAACUGGGUCGGUACCGCGCCCAA